ACACUCUUCGAAAUUUCUCGCUUCUUCUCUGCGAGGAGCCUGGCACUCGCUCCCGCUAAAUCCACGGCGACCCUCUUUACCAACUGGACGAAGGAGUACAGACUAAAUCUUAAUAUUUACGUCGAUGGCACACCAAUACCGACUGUGAAUAAUCCCAAGAUUUUGGGUGUCACAUUUGACAGUCUGCACUCCUUCACUCCACACACGACCGCGAUAAUCACUAAAGUACAGAGCCGCAACAAUAUCCUCAAGUCGCUAGCCGGUAGCACUUGGGGAAAGGACAAAGAAACGUUGCUGGCCACUUACAAGAAUAUCGGCUGGAUUCAGUGGCACGCAGCAGAGGAAGAUACAGACGUGUCAAAACACCGCACUCCGGACAGCUACAGGAUGUCUCUUGAUGUCACCAGAAGCAAUUUGCACAAUGAGGCCAUUAUGUUGCCUAUUAAGGAGCAUAAUGAACUGCUUACCAAGCAGUUUCUACUUGGGUGUUUUCGUAGAAAUCACCCAUGUAGUCACUUCAUGGAAGCAGAACCGCUCACCAGGUGCAUCAAGAGGUCACUCCUACAACACGUCGACGAACUUGAACAAUACACCGACCAGACUGCGGACGCAGACAGUUUUAUACAACUCUGCUUUAAAUGCCAUUCACAGUGGAGCUAUUAACACCUUCCUAGACUCCUUUCCAGUGAAUGGCGUCCUUGGAAUCAAAUCACCACCUUUAGCAGACGAAGAGCUCGAGUUGCCGCGUGAAACCAGAGUGACCCUUACGCAUCUUCGAUCUGGAUAUUGUAGCCUGCUUAUCCAGACUGAACCCCGACAUACAAAAUACAUGUCCUGCAUGCAAUGAGUCCCCGCAUGGCACUAACCACCUUUUUGCAUGCCCAACGAACCCUACUCAUCUAACAUCCCUUUCCCUUUGGUACAACCCCGUCGAAACAGCAUGUUUUCUGCUAAAUGUUUUCAUGUUAAAUUUUUUAGAUAACACAAUAUAGCAAUUCACAGGCGGCCUUUUAAUGUUUACCCCUUGCUGGAAUUGUACGAAAAACGAAGAGUCUUUUACGAUAGAAAUAUCUGUCUACCAUUAAGUAAAAACCAGUACAGUUAUUUUGUGUUGUGUUUGUAUGUUGUUUCUUUUGCUCUAAACAUAAUCAGUUUUAUUAUAAGAAAAACUAUUAUACACCAAAUUAUGAUAUACUAAAAUAAUGCUAAGUACAAUACAAUACAUAAAAUAAAUAUUUUUAAAAAUUACUUAUUUUG